AUGAAUGUGCGAUAUUUCACUCCUACAACAAGGCGUAAUGUCGAAGAGUUAAGUCUCCAUUUAGAUUUGGAUCAACAGGAAAUACCUUUAUCUAUUCCUUUGUCUCUUUUUACUUGUGAAUCAUUGACAAAAUUGGAGAUAACUGCAGGUCCUAGUAUAAAUUUCCCUAAAAAUUUCUUCUUUCCUAAGCUCAAGAGCCUUAAACUUUGGAAAAUCAAAUUUGGUGAUGGUUGCUGGAAUGAGCAACCGUUUUCCCAUUGCCUUGUCCUUGAAGAAUUGUGUUUGCACAAUUGCACUUGGUUUGAUAUGAGGAAAUUCUGUAUUUUAACUCCAUUACUGAAAGUUUUGGAAAUUAAUAAUACGAGGGAUGAAAAGGGUUUAGCAGACUGUGAUUUGGAAAUUCAUGCACCAAGUCUAGUGUCUCUUCGUUACUGGGGAUGUGUGGUGAAGGAUUACGAGAUGUCCAGAUUUCUAUCACUUGAUAAAGCAGUUUCUAUCAUUAUAUAUGCAAACCCACCAGAUGGUUUUGUGAGAAACCCACCUACAUAUCAUAAUUUGGACAACUUGGAUCUGCUUCACGGUGCAACCACAGAUAAAGUAGUUUCUGCAUUUAUCAAAGCAGCACCUAACCUGAGGAGGCUUGGAUUUGCUUUGAUCCAUGAUUCGUCAUCUGUCGGCGAAAAAGUAUGUGAUGAGAUUGAAGACUUGUUUCGACACCUCCAGUCAGGUUACUUUUGUUGUUUUAGUGGGAAGUUGAGAUGGGCAGAAUUAAUUUUGAAGAAGGCAAAAUCUUUGCAAUCAAUGCGUAUUGCAUAUCGUGCUCUCGGUUCUAAUGCGGGUAUGCUGAAAAGCAAAGAAGUAGUUAUGUCGGAGUUGCUAAAUUUUACAAGAGCCUCAGAUUUAAGGUUCAAUUCGACGAAAAAUGAUGAUAGAGGUAUAAGAUUUUUGGAAUCAUGCAUAUGUCCGGAGUGUGUACGUAUUUGUCUUUUGUCUUGGUCCUCGGCGGUCAGCGGUGAAAAUCGCUUUUGA